AAUGUCGUAACUAAGGAAUGGUGACUAGCUAUUGACAGAAUUUGGGGCCAGCAGAAGCACGUGAUACCAAGUAGAAAUCUCAUUCUUCUCAGUCUAUGAAGGUAAUAUGAGGAUCGGAGAUUGCUGGAAUCUCUCAAUCAUCCUCCUUCAUUCCGCAAUCCGCUUGGAUCUCCAUCCUCGUCUCCGCGGCCAUCCACAACCCACUGGCCACAUCGAACGCGAGCCACAUGUUCCCCUUCAGCCACGUCUCGGCACUGGGUUGACCUUCCUGUUCCUGGAUGCCAUUCUUAUCUCGACAUGUCACAGCAUUGUUUCACCUCCCCCCUUGCGGCAACAACAGCUGCUCGACCUCGCCUCAUGCAACGAGACGCGCAGUGCGCGUUUGUCUAAGUGUCUGAGAUGCCGUAACAGCAAGCCCUAUGAAUUUCAACAAUCCCAUAAGUUGUGAUUAGCGAUUUCGACAGCUCGGUGGCUGUGGAGAG